GGGGGUCGGCGUUGGGGACGGGGACAGGGACGCGUGUCCCUGCUCUGCCAUGACGUCCCCGUUGCAGCUCUCAGUGGUGGAGUACGACCCCGGCACGCACGACCUGAAGACGCUCUCGCUGCACUACUUUGAGGAGCCGGAGCUGCGGGACGGCUUCGUGCAGAACGUGCACAUCCCCAAAGUGCGGGUGGACCCCGACGGGCGCUGCGCCGUCAUGCUCAUCUACGGCACGCGCCUGGUGGUGCUGCCCUUCCGCCGCGACUCGCUGGCUGACGAGCACGAGGGCCUGGUGGGCGAGGGGCAGAAGUCGAGCUUCCUGCCCAGCUACAUCAUCGACGUGCGGGAGCUGGACGAGAAGCUGCUCAACAUCAUCGACAUGCAGUUCCUCUGCGGCUACUACGAGCCCACCCUCCUCAUCCUCUUCGAGCCCAACCAGACGUGGCCGGGACGCGUGGCGGUGCGGCAGGACACGUGCAGCAUCGUGGCCAUCUCGCUGAACAUCAUGCAGAAAGUGCACCCCGUCAUCUGGUCCCUCAGCAAUCUGCCCUUCGACUGCACGCAGGCGCUGGCCGUCCCCAAACCCAUCGGUGAGAGCCGGGGUGGGGACACGGGGACGCGUGCGGGUGACGGUCCGGGUGACGUCCUGGGGGGGGUGUUACAGUCGGUGUUCCUGGGGAGGUGUCCCGGGGGGUGGACCUUAGAAUGAUCUCGGGGACGUUGUUGGGAAUGUUGGGGGAAUGUUCACUUCUGGUGACAUUCUGGAUGACAUGGGUGAUGUUGUGGUUGUUGUCCUUGGUGACAGUCUGGUGACGUUGUUGGUGACAUGGGUGACGUUGUGUGUGUUGUCCUUGGUGACAGUCGGGUGAUGUCUAUGACAUCCCUGUUGUUCCGGGUGUUGUCCUUGGUGACAGUCGGGUGACAUUGUGUGUGACAUGGGUGACGUUGUGGGUGUUGUCCUUGGUGACAGUUGGGUGAUGUCUAUGACAUCCCUGUUGUUCCGGGUGUUGUCCUUGGUGACAGUCUGGUGACGUUGUGUGUGACAUGGGUGAUGUCCUUGGUGACAGUCGGGUGACAUUGUGUGUGACAUGGGUGUUGUCCUUGGUGACAGUCGGGUGACGUCUAUGACAACCCUGUUGUUGCGGGUGAUGUCCUUGGUGACAGUCUGGUGACGUUGUGGGUGACAUGGGUGACGUUGUGGGUGUUGUCUUUGGUGACCGUCCGGUGACAUUGUGUGUGACAGUCGGGUGACGUUGCGUGACAUUGGUGACGUUGUGGGUGUUGUCCUUGGUGACAAUCGGGUGACGUUGUGUGUGACAUGGGUGAUGUCCUUGGUGACAGUCGGGUGACGUUGUGUGUGACAGUCGGGUGACGUUGUGGGUGUUGUCCUUGGUGACAGUCGGGUGACGUUGUGGGUGACAUGGGUGACAU